AGUGUCAAGUAAAUUUGAAGAUUUGACAAUUUGACAUUCAUAUUUCGAUAGUCAUCACAAUCUCGCAAAGCUCUUUUAUUGUUGAUUCGAAAAUUCUUAUAAGUUUGUAAAAUGGUCGUUGAAAUACAAGAUGUUGAAAUGAAAAAUGCUGAUAGUCCACCAGGUCUAGAAGCUGGGGACUCCAAAAGAGAUAUUGAUCUCCAAAGUCUCUUAGAACUUAGAGAGCAAGUAAGACAAAUUGAAAAGGGAGUGAGUAACAAGGAGAACCGUUUCAUUUUGAGAGUUUUGAGAUGCUUACCGAAUACCAGAAGAAAGUUGAAUGGUGCUGUUCUAAGAGGACUCAUCACACAAGUUUAUCCACAGUAUGAAAGAGAUAUAAUGUUGUCCUAUGUCGAAGAUAGUUCAGGAGGAAAUGAAAUGGAGACACAAACUCAGAGAACGAGAUCUGCAACCAAAACUCCUCUGCCUGAAGUAGAUACUUAUAUUCAUUUGUUGAUUCUGGUUCGUUUAAUUGACACUAACAAUCUAGAUGAUGCAGCAAAAUGCUCAGAGUUGUUAAUGGGAAAAGUAACUUCGCAAAACAGACGUACUUUGGAUCUAGUUGCUGCAAAGUGCUAUUUUUACCACUCCCGAGUGGCAGAAUUGACUAAUAGACUUGACACUAUAAGGUCUUUUCUUCAUGCUCGUUUAAGAACUGCAACUUUGAGAAAUGAUUUUGAGGGGCAAGCAGUACUAAUUAAUUGUUUAUUGAGAAAUUAUCUUCAUUAUUCGUUGUAUGAUCAAGCUGAUAAAUUAGUAAGUAAAUGUAUCUUCCCAGAAACUGCUAGUAACAAUGAAUGGGCAAGAUUUUUAUAUUAUCUAGGAAGAAUCAAAGCUGCCAGACUUGAAUACAGUAUUGCCCGAAAACAUUUGGUCCAAGCAAUGCGUAAAGCACCCCAAAAUGCUGCCAUCGGUUUCAGGCAAACUGUCCAAAAGCUUCUGGUUGUUGUUGAAUUAUUACUGGGAGAUAUACCCGAGAGACAAAUAUUCAGAGAAGCUAGUGUGAGGCAUUCUUUAGGACCGUAUUUUCAACUUACUCAAGCUGUACGCAUGGGCAAUCUACAAAGAUUUGGUGAAGUAUUGGAGAAUUUUGGUCCACAGUUCAGACUAGAUCAUACUUACACACUUAUUCUACGUUUGAGACACAAUGUUAUCAAAACAGCUAUUCGUUCCAUUGGAUUGUCCUACUCUAGAAUAUCUCCCCAGGACAUUGCAAAGAAAUUAGGUUUGGAUUCAGCUGAAGAUGCUGAGUUUAUAGUAGCCAAAGCAAUAAAAGAUGGUGUUAUUGAAGCUACUUUAGAUCCAGAAGGAGGUUAUAUGAGGAGCAAGGAAAGCAAUGAUAUUUAUUGCACAAAAGAGCCUCAGUUAGCUUUCCACCAGAGAAUAUCUUUCUGUUUAGAUUUACAUAACCAAAGUGUCAAAGCAAUGAGAUAUCCACCCAAAGCUUAUGGCAAAGAACUAGAAUCUGCUGAGGAAAGACGUGAGCGCGAACAACAGGAUUUAGAGCUAGCUAAAGAAAUGGCAGAAGAAGAUGAAGAGGGCUUUCCUUGAGUUUUAAAUAGCUACUUCUUCAGUUAUAUCAUUGGAUACUUAAACAAAUAUAUCAUCAGUUUGUAUCUCAAAUAUUUUGGAAAUAUUAGUCCUAAAAAUUGCAAAAUAAUCUGCAGUUGUGUUACUAUUUGCUAAAUAUAAGGAUGCUUCUA